AUGGUGAAGGAAGAACCCAAAGUGACAACAACUACGACCACUACUACGACCACCACAGCCAAGAGGGGACGACCUCGAACGAAGCCAGAUACGACGAGUACGAUAGCAUCAAAGGCCAAGUCGGCCGUUUCCUCGGAUGCACCAAAGAAAAGGAAUCAAAAGCCAGCAAAGACUAAGACGACAGUCGGUGACCUUGACGAUGGCGACAACUCGAGCGAUGACGAGAUGAAUAUUGUACCAGUUAGAGCAACGGCUGCUACAAGGUCAUCAACCAGGCGAAUGGCGACCCCAUCGUCUUCUACGUCAUCGGCGGCUGGAGAACCGAAGAAGCGUGCUCCACGAAUAACGAGAAAGAAGUCGGAGCCUGUUGCGGCAGGAAUUCCUGAACAAAACGAGGUUGUUGACGACGAUGAAGACGAGCUGGCAGAGCUACAGCCCGUGAAGCAAAAGACGGUUAAAAUAACUACUACUGCCGCACGAAAGGCAAAGGCGCCAGCUGUAUCGAGGACAGCGAAAGCUGCUACGCGAGUGGGGGCUCCCACCGGUACUAGGCCAUCUGCGCUAUCUUCCGCUACACCGGGAUCCUCUAUACUGCUUGGAAAAGCAAAGACUGGUGCUCUCAAGAAGAAAGUCACAUUCUUAGAUAUCACAGAAGAUUCUGACAAGGAAAACCAGCCAUUACUGGCAGCCUCUAAGGGCAAAAGCAAACCCGAGACGGGGUUAACUGCUAAACCUGUCCGAAGAGGAGCUGCCGCUUCUACAAAGAAUAAACAGCCAGAAGAGAGUGAGGCUAAGCCAGAACGGAAAAAGGACCCGUUGUCUCCAAAGAAAGCCACCCAAGUCGCCAAAUCCGGAUCCUCUGGUAGUUCAGAUGACGAUGAGGAUGAUGUUUUUAGUACAAAACUACCUUCAAAGUCUCCACAGCGGUCUCCAGUCAAGGCUUCUUCUGUUCCUCCAUCAUUUGCUUCCCCUGCCAAAAGAAUUGAUUUUACACAGAUGGCCAGGCCAGUUUCGCAAGGCUCAGCAGCUCCCGAGAAAGAGGCCACAGCACACAACGGGACAGUACAAACUCUGUUUACAAACACGGAACUCGGAUCAAGCCCAGCAAAACGGCCUCCACCAUCCCCUUUCCAACAUAUCAUUAAAGAGUCCCCCCGGAAAGCCCCUCUCUUCUCUAAUGAGCUCCGGCCUGGACCCGACGUAAUGGGACAACCAAAGGUUUCUCCACUAAAGGCGUCGCCAAAGAAGGGAGUGGGCAUGUCUUUUAUGCAACCGUCACUUGAUGCACCGCUCUCGCCAACGAAGACGAGAACUUCUCCACUAAAGACUCCUGCACGCCGUCCGCCUUCUCCUAUGAAGAUGCCCCCACCGCUUCCUGUAUUGGAAAAAAGCCCGACUCCCGUCAGUGAUCCGCAGGUCUACGAGGAUAUCGAUCUUCAGCCUAGCUACGAGGACUCUCCGGAGAUAAUGUUAUAUAGCCCGGCAAUGCUAGGGAAUGAUGUUGAGCAAGGGGAAGCCGAGGAAAUGGAUAUUCUUGACAUAUCGGAUAUACAGGAUGCGGAACAGGAUGAGCUACACGAAAAUAAGGAUACUAUGGAAUUGAUAGCAGACCUUUCAAAGCACGAAUCCUCAAUGGAUGAUCCUUUCCUGGAAGAAGUUACGACUCCCAGUCGACGUGAAACCGUACUGAGAUACGAUAACAUGGACGCCGACUCUAGCGUUGGCUCACUACGAAGUUUUAGGGGCAUCCCUCCUGCUGCUCCAUCACCGCCUGUCUUUGAGACAGCCUCUCAACAAGAGUUCGUUUAUCGGGAUGAGAUGAUUUACGAAGAUUCGGACGUUGAAUUCGAAAGUAGCCCAACCAAACAACAGGGGUGGCGUGGAGCGGGCGACGCUGAGAGCCCUAAGUUGAAAUAUAAGCGGCCAGAGAGACUUGACACUGAAGUCGGAUUUACUCCACUGGCUGAUAGAUUGAGUCAAUGGGUAGCAAGUAGCCCUAAAAAAGAAGAAUCCAACAAAUAUCAGCGACGAGGGAUAUUCUCUCCAGAUGUACAGGAUCGAUCGAGGAGGGUGUCAUCUCGAGUUUCAUUGGAGCCGAGACGUUCGCUAAGAAACCGUGGAUCCCAAGUUCCAAGAGAGUCUAUAAACCCCAUCUUCGAAGACGAAGUCCCAGCAAUAGAGGAUCUCAGCAUCCAUACCGACCCCUCGACUUCGCUGGUAGACGAAUCCAUUGCCAAUUCUAGCGCAUACGACGAAAGCAUUGUUGACUCUCCACUGAGAUCCCAUAGCUCCAACACAGGUUUUGGCGACCAGAUUUCUGAUUCCUCUGAAAUCUAUGGUGACGAAAAUGCGCCACCUCGAGAAUCUACGGUCACAAUUAACCCAGCACUUUUUGAGGAGCGCUACCGUGAUGGUGUUGAGUUGACUUCAACUGUAACACCCGAACCAGUGUGCCUUCCUAUGUCUGUCACUCCUGUUCGCCGGAAUCCUAACUACCCGAGAACCAUUCACACCGUGUCCAAGGUCCCAUUAAAGGGUGAGAGCGAUGGGUCUCUCAAGAUUCCGCGAAAAAGGACACGAUCUCUCUCCUCGAAUCCAACGAGCCCAACUUCAACGUUGACUAGGAGUCGAACAUUACCCUCUCCCCGCAAAAACCGAACACCACUCAAGACAUUCGCGCCCACUUCACCUGAAGAAGAUACACAAUCAAGUGACUUUAUGCUCCCAGAACGACCAAAGUCAGGAACAUGGUCUGGGCGUAUUAGUCCUGUCAAAUCCCGAAGUCCUACGAAGGGACCAUGCAGUGACAGCGGUGUCUUGCAAGGGGCAGUUGUCUUUGUUGACGUCCACACAGCUGAAGGUGCUGAUGCUAGUGGCAUUUUUAUUGAAUUGCUAUCACAAAUGGGUGCGAGGUGUGUUAAGUCAUGGAAAUGGAACCCAAGGACGAGUUUAUCACCCAUUGACGGAGCUGAGCCACGGGAUGCCCCAAAAGUCGGCAUUACCCAUGUUGUUCAUAAGGACGGUGGUGUGCGAACGUUACAAAAGGUGAGGGAAGCAAAUGGCGUUGUGAAGUGUGUUGGUGUUGGCUGGGUACUUGACUGUGAAAGAGAAAAUCGGUGGGUAGAUGAGGCAAACUAUGCUGUUGACAUUGGCAUGAUUCCACGCGGCGGUAACAAGAGGAGAAAAAGCAUGGAACCCAGAGCAUUAAGCAACCAGAACGGAACGCUGGCUACGCUUGAUUCCUCCACUUCCUCCACCAGCAGUCGACGCUCGGGUGCCGAUGUAGAAACACUACAGGAGCUCAGGCGUUUAUCACCUAUACCUCACCUACAACCAUCUCGACGUGACUCCAUUAACCGAUCUGCCUUCGACCACUAUGAGUCUGAGCCCACCGAGGAAACCUCAAGACGAUCCCAAUCGCGGCCUGCUUUGUUUGAGCCCGAAGAACCCCAGACCCCCAGUGGGGAUUAUGGCUAUUCGUUUGACUUCGAUGGGACAGUUCCGCCAUCACCAACUACUCCAUACUACUUAUCAGAGGGCGCAAAACUGAUUCAACAAACCUGUCCGCCAAAACAGUCGAGACAGGGCCUUUUCCCCGUCAGCGGAAAUAUAGAUGAACAAAAAGACGAGAAGCUAAGGAUAAGACUUGAGGCAGCUAGACGGAAGAGUCUAGUCUGGAAGCCACGAGUUGGAAGUCCCCUUGGAAAAGGAUAUUUCUAG